AUGGGCAGCACUCACUCCACUGAAGAGGUGAAAGCCGGCGAGGACACCACAAGUCCUGCACCGCCUGGUCUUUGCUGUCCUUUGCCCGGUUUUCUGGCCAAAAUCCAGAGGAUUCUCCUCCGCAAGCUGAAUAUCUCAGCUAGGAAGCAGAAACGCCUCCGACGGCUGACCCAUUCGCAGUCACGUCACCUUCUUAGGCCCAUGCCCAGGUGCUCGUCCUUUGGCUCCUGUGGCAACCUGCUGACGCCGCCCACCACCAAGAGAUCAGGGGGACUGCCAGCCGACAAGCAAUAUGCCCAGUGGAAGUGCAGCUUCGAACAUCUGGCCGCCAAGCAGGGAAAGCAGCGUCUUCAUGACAUCAGCGAGGCAUUUGUUGGACAGACUACGCCCCGGGGAUUCCCCUCCCACACGGACACCAAGCGAUGCCGCAAAACCUUGCUAUCCGAGAAGGAGAAGCAGCCGGAGGAGGAUCAGUUGGCUUUGCCAGAGUCACCGCUAUACGACAUGGUCGGUGGUGGCAUGAAGGUACGUCGUCGCCUCAGCCUAAAGAGCGGCAACAGCCACACCCUGGGAAGACGUCCCUCUGCCCGCCAGAAGGCUGCCCAAGCUCGUCUGGAGGCACAGUUCAAGCGGGAUCUUUGCGAUCUGGAGGAGUACUAUGGUGGCUUUCACUUUGCCCGACACAGCGAGCGAUUGGCAAAGUUUUAA